AUGAAGGUCUUUGCUGACCUCCAGGCGGCAGGCCAACCCUUUCAAAAUCCGCAGCAUUCGGCGCCAGCCUCGAAGGAACUUCAAAAAUGCUUCUCGAUGACCGAUGUGAAGUUUGUUAUGUGCUCGAAAGAAUUACUGAACAAAGUUCGUGCCAGUUCAACGCAUAGCGGUUCCCUUGUGCAGAAAAUAUUUGUGAUGGAUCAAGAAGAGAUCAACAAUAAAUUCGGCGAUACCAUUGUGGCGUUGAGCGACUCCGACUUCAAACGCAACGCAGCUGUUCCCCUACCGAAGAUUCGCUUCACCACUCGUUUGGAUCCGGCACUGCUUCUCUUCUCCAGCGGCACGACGGGCUUUCCAAAAGCGGUUAUGAUUUCCCACUACAACCUGAGUGCCUCGAUGGACUCUGACAAAGCGUAA